AAAGGAGAGAAAGUGAAAAUGCAAAGCGAAACCAUUGUCAGAGAUUAUUGACUGAAAUUUUGUAACGAGCAGUUUGGGAAAAGCGUUAACAGUAGUUCCUUCUGCCGAAGUGUUUGUAUCGACGUAAGGAUAUUGCCUGAACGUGGCAUAUAGAGGUUCUGUUGUUCUCAAUAUAAUAUACUUAAAAGUUCUUAAGGUUACGGAGUUUACGUUAAAGUGCAUUUGUGAGUGGAUUUAAUACCUUCUGUAUGCACGAGGGAAGAAGCAGACAAGACAUUGACGUUUCCCGCCUUGCACUAUGACAAGUUUCUCCUACCCCACGGGCUGGGAGGAGGGAUCUGACGCAGUCUUCUCUGAGGAAGAGUUUUACCCUCCGCACACGUUUUCUCAAAAUGAUGUAUUUUCUUUGAACAAUUCAACCACUUCACUCCAAGAUGGCUAUGUGUAUUCUCCCCGCGGAUCAGUGAGAGGGGAGGGUUACUCUCCGACUGUGUCAAACUAUAGCACCUACUCACAGGAAGUGAAAUACAUCUUUGACCCAAACUUUGGAAAUAGUUAUAAUAAUAACAAAAUGCAACAAAGGUCAAGGUCUCAUUCUAACAUCAAAAUGCAUUCAACUCCAGCGCAGUUUGAGUCCAUGGACAGUAAUCUGAAUUUUGCUGAAGAUGACUAUUCUCAUAUACAACCUAACAGAAAAAUGCCAGUUCAGCGAAAGACUAGCAAUGCGAGUCAGUCUAGCUAUCGGGGUCAAGAUCAAGGUCAGUUAAAAUCUCAAGGGAUUUAUUCUCAAGGUCACAGUCAAGGACACAGUCAUAGUCAUUCAAAAAAUCCACCGCCACCACCACCAAGAACUUGCAGCGCAGUUUCUACAUCUCAGCUUCCCCAGCAAGAUGAUGCGACCUUGACCCCUAGAAAACCGACCUUGUCUCAUUCUAUGUCUGCUUCCUGCUCAUCAGCCUACUAUUUCCCACAAACUCAAGUACGAAGGAAAACAUGGUCCCCUGAGGGUGUAAGAGUUGGGAAUUUCACCACAGCCAGUGCUAGACGAGGUCAGCGUCUUCGGAGUUACUCAAAUGAACAGCUUCUAAGUGAGCCCCCACACCCGAUCUUGGAGCGACCCCUUACACAGUCUUCAGCGGACCGAGACCAUAUCUAUGAAGAGCUGGAAGCUGGACCACCUAGGCUGGCACCCAGUGGAUUGCUGAAUAGGUCGCCAGGUCGAGGCAUCGUCAAACCGAUCGCCUUCAAACCAGUGGUCCCAAAUCCAAAACCGACAUCAACGCCAAAGCACUUUAAUGAGCAGGUCAGAAAAUACUCAAGUCACGACGAUGGUUAUGGUUCGCAGGAUUACGGGGUGACGAGCAGCCAUAAUGUCUCCAACAUGUCCAGCGCCUCACACGGGUCAGCUUAUUCUCAUGUGGAUUUUGACAGAUCUGCCAGUUUCUCCAGUGAAUGUAUCAGGACUUCUGACAGGGCGGAUUCUGUGGCUGCAUCCCACAUGAGUAGGCUCUCGUCGAAUCAAAUCGAAGGUUACAUCCAGACUCCAUCACCAAGUGACAGUGGUGUUGGGGAAUUAGAAGCCAUAUUGAAAGAGAAAGAUGCGGAAAUAAACACUCUUAGAGAUGUGAUGGAUAAAAAUGAGCGUGCAAUAUUUCAAGUUUACGAUGAAAAACGGAAUGGAUGGAUUCGUGAAAUUCAAGAAAUAAGAGACGAGUAUGAAGGCAAGUUAAAACAACUGCAGAGAAAACAAUAUAAGAGUGAUCAAGUGUUAAACUUGCAGGUAUUCAAACUGCAACAAGACAAGAAAACAAUGAAAGAUGAAAUGGAUAAACUUGUUGCAGAGAAAGAUGACUUGGCUCAAAAGUGUGAGGUUUUCGCUAAUGAGACGAAUGCUCUGCAAGCGCAGAUGGAUGAUGCUACGUGGCAAGGAAGACGUCGUAGCAGUCCAAGUGAUAUUAAUGGACUACAUAAUGAGAUUGAUUCACUAAGACACAAACUUACAGCUAAGUCUAAUGAGGUGCUACAACUAACUGGUCAGUUAAGUGACAUGAAAUCCAGACUCGAGGAAACAAGUAUGCAUUUUGAUCACCAUCGAUGCCGUGCAGAUUUGUCAUCGGAGAGUUUACAGCGGAUGAACAAUUCGGGGUCGGACCUCGAGCCGGAUAUACCACUGUGCCACUGUGAGAAACAGAUUCAGACGGACCUUUCAAAGGCCUUGACCCCAGAGAGGGAAACAUUGAAACCGUCUCUGAUUUGUGAGAAAGAUAAAGAAGUGAUUGCUUUGAGGGAGGAAGUGGAAAAAUUAAGACUGGAUGUGUUAGUGAAUAAAGAGGAGCAUGAUAAGGAGAAGGAACAAUGGCUGGAGGAGAAGAACAAGGUGAUCAUGUACCAGAAGCAGCUGCAGUUGAACUAUGUGCAGAUGUUCAGGAAAAACAAAGUAUUAGAGGCGGAGGUUGAACAGUUGACUCUAGAACUGGAAAGUCGGGAUAUGAAAUUAAUGGCUUUGAAUGGGGAAGAAAGUGUUUGUUGAAAGCAUAAUAAUGGGGUUGAACAUUAAAACAAAUGAUACAUCAAAAAUGUAACUUUUUUAUACAUGUGUAGAAGUUUGAUAUUUUAUUCUAACAUUACCUUCUAGAAAAAGAAAACUCUUGUGUGUAUAGCAGUCAUUAAAAAAGAACCAAUUUUGAAAGAAAUUUAGAAAGUUAUAACAGAAACUCAAGGGAGGUAAUUUCAAGAUAAUGGUAUUCUUAGUGUAUGAUCUAGUUACUUCCCCUGGAAGGCAUUGUUAGGAGAUUUUCGUGUUAAACUAGUCAUGUUAUAUUAAAAAAAAAAUAAAUACAUGUAUUUCAACAAUUCUGCAGUUUUGAUUAUGUUUCAGCAUAUGUUGUGAACUGUUUGUAAGCGAAUUAUUUUACAUUAUUGAAUUUUUCCCACAUUGAAUGAUUGUACUAAUAAAGUAACUAAAUUGUAUUCACGUUUAUAAGUGGUAACAUGUUAUUGUUGCCAGAAAUGGAAGGCAACCCAAGAAAACAGCAGCUGUAACAAAAAGAAGCAAUUCAAUCAUUACUAUUAUAUCAGAUGUUUAGUUGAAAUGGAAGUGAAUGUAAGACAUUAUUCUUUACAAUUUCACUUGCAAUGUUUUAUGUUAAAUGAAAAAUGAUUGUCAUAUAUGUAAUCAAAUUGUAUGGUUACUAUGAUAGUGCUUUUUAAUGUCUUGUAUAUUAUUGGCACAGUGUCUUGUUAUAAAAUAUUACUUUCGACUCAUGAAUCAAAGUGCGUAAAAAUAAAAUAUCACUUAACUGAACAUUCUAUUUUCAUGCUCAUUUUUUUUCAAAAUGUUCAAACUAAUGACAAAAUACACUUCAGAGGCUUUAUGUCUCAUAAUAAAGAAUAUCUGUUUUGCUUCGAUUAUAGACUGCACCAGUUGUUCUAAGUUCUAGAAGUUCUAGUUGUUUUCAGUUGUUUUGCUUUUAUUUGACACAAAAUUGUUUUAUAUUAAGUAAAUGUUUUGGUAGAACAUCACCAUUUGGGAAAUUUGUUUUUUGUACCUAGUUAAUUUGCCCCGUUACAAACAACAUUUUGCAUGAAAUAAUGCUGUACACAAGUCCAAGUAGGACAAUUUAAUUUUAGACUAGUAAACAUUGCAAUAUAUGUAUAAAAGGUAAUCAUGUGUAUAUGUUUGCAUCUAGGACUCGAUAAGUCUUUUUUAUGCAUAUGUUUAUUAUUUGUAUUAUGGAUAUUAAAAUCUGGAAAAUCUU